AUGUCUCUGGUGGAUUAUGCCUCCUCAUCUGACGACGAAGAAUCGCCGGAAGCAAAAGUAGCUGAAGGACCACAGGCUCCGAAACCGGAACCCUCGCCGCCACCUAUAGCAAUUCUUCCCACCACCCAGAUGCAUGGGUCAUCAUCAAAUCGACUUCCACCACCAUUGUUACCUGGGAAACUCCCUGAUGCUUCACUUCUCUUGAACUCUCCGUCUAGUUCAUCAUCUGUGGGUGGAGCUGAUCAUAGAUCAUGGGUCGGAGUUGAUAAUCCAUCACUAAAGAGGGACUCAGCUGGUCAACCUAACUCUUCCCGUCGCAGCAAAUUGCCAAAGGGUAACAGCUUGCUCCAUACAAAGAAUACUCCUGAUACCUCCAGUGGUGUGUUGGUUCCUCCUCAACUUAGAGGAAGGAGCAAUGUUGUUACAGAAGAUAUGGGGAAGCUCUUCGUAAAACGUCCUGCAUCAUCGCCAUCUGAGUAG